UUAUCACAGACGUCAUAUGGUAUAAACCAAGAAGGAAUCAUUGGAUUACUUUAAACGAGCCAUGGUCUUACAGUAGAGGUGGUUAUGCAAUUGGGAUCUAUGCACCAGGUCGAUGUUCUGAAUGGCUAAACCUAAACUGCACUGGUGGUGAUUCAGGAACAGAACCCUAUUUAGCUUCACAUUAUCAACUACUUGCUCAUGCAGCAUCUGUUCAAGUCUACAAGAAAAAAUAUCAGAAAUCUCAAAAAGGAAUCAUAGGCAUAACAUUAGUGUGUUUCUGGUAUACGCCAUAUUCAAAUCACAAAGUGGAUAAAGAUGCUGCCAAUCGAGCACUUGACUUCAUGUAUGGAUGGUUCAUGGAACCAUUGACAUCAGGAAAAUAUCCAGAGAGCAUGAUUUCCCUGGUUGGUGAACGACUGCCAAAGUUCUCUGAAGAAGAAGCAAGACUUGUGACUGGUUCAUAUGAUUUUAUUGGACUAAACUAUUACACCACUGCCUAUGCUGCCAAUGCACCCAAAACCAGACCUAAUUAUGAUUCUGAUUCCAAUGUCAAAACUUCAUAUUCACGCAAUGGAAUUCCAAUAGGUCAAUCGAUUGAAGAUUGGUAUGGUCAUUAUGGCGAGUUCUCAAAUGGCUUGGAGAGUGCGUUGAAUGAGGAUCAACUUGGAGAUGGACAACAUUGUUUCAAGGGCAGAAUUGCAUAG